GUUUUUGCAAAAUGACAUUAUUAGUUUGUUUUCAUGUUUAACAGUUUAAAGUCUACAUAAAUUACAGAGCUGGAACAGACCUCUGUGAAGGAAAUCAUCAAUAAUUAAAUAUUUCUAAAGACAAGGUUGCAGAAUGUGGAGUCCCCAUGUUAAUCUACAGUGGAUCAUACAAAGUGUGGGCUGGCGGGAUUUAGUGAUCAUUGUUGUGACAGCACUGGUUACAAGAUGGGUUUACUUCAACCUCAUAUGUGUUUACCUGUCACCUCUGAGAAAGUUACCCGGGUUGCCAUACAGACCUCUGGUUGGUAACAUGCUAGAUGCUCUUAGUGGAGAAGCAAUGUCUACAGCCAUCAGAUGGAUAAAGCAAUGUAAAAGUCUUACAAUUCGUUACUAUUACUUUGGUGGAAAAGAAAGAAUUCUGACUGCAGACCCAAAGGUUUUUCGCCAUGUUAUGAUUACAAAUGAGAAGAAUUAUGUCCGAGUUUUACCCAAAACCCCAUUUAUCCAGCUGAUGGGCAAGGCUCUGUUUUUCCUGAGCGGGGAUGUCCACCACAGCAUGAGGAAACUGCUCAACCCAGCCUUUAGCAUAAAUGUGCUACAGAACAUGUUACCAGUGUUUGAGAACAAGGCUCAUUCAAUGGUGUCGCUGUGGUUGGAGGAGUGCAGACAAGCAGGCAACCAACCAGUACAGAUCAAUGUGCAGGACUUCAUGACCAGAAUUACUCUAGAUACAGUAUGUAUUACUGGCCUUGACUACAACAUUCAUGCCAUAGGAAGUGGGGACACAGCUGGGGUGAAAAUCUUCACUCGCUAUCUUCGCCAGGUUGGGGGCAGAACGAUCAGUUCAUCAUUCAUUCCAUUCUACUACCACUUGCCGUUUGCUGCAAACAGACAACGCUGGGAGGAUGAAAAGUACAUAAUCAGUCUGAUCAAGGAGAGAAUACAGGCCAAGAGGCAACAGUAUUGGGAUGGCUGUGAAAAUACAGCUGCAGUUAAGGACUUCCUUUCCUUGCUUGUUCUUGCACGAGACGAGGACGGCCAAUCACUCCCGGACAACCUGGUGUUUCAAAACGUCACAGGAAUCAUGUUCGCUGGGUUUGAUACAACCAGUGUGACGUUGACUUGGGCAUUGCUCCUUCUAGCUUCAUACCCAGAUAUCCAGACACGGGCUCGGGAGGAGGUCCUUGAAGUGUGCGCUGACCCCACGCAGCCAUUGACACAUGAGACUCUGGAUAAACUAGGCUACCUUAACUGCGUCCUCAAGGAAACUCAGAGGUUAUACCCUGUAGUUUCUAACACGACCCGGCGUGCCCUGGAAGAGGAUAACAUAGAUGGCAUGGAGAUCCCUGCUGGCACAAACAUUGUCCUGCAUUUGGGGGCUCUACACAGGUCUGAGGAAAACUGGCCAGAUGCAGAGAAGUUUGAGCCUGAGCGCUUCAUGUCAACCACAGUGGAGCCGUAUCACCACCUGCCCUUCAUCACAGGGCCUUACAUGUGCAUCGGCAGCAAGUACGCUCUCCUAGAGAUGAAAACAGUCCUCGCCAGUAUCCUGCGUGAGUUCAGGUUGCAGCUUGUGCCGGGAUACACGUUCCGGAGAAUCCAGGCUCUCAGCGUGAAGCCACAUCCUCCCUUGAUGCUAGCCGUCACAAAACUGUCACAUGUUUAGUUUGGGAAGAGGUCAAGAGAUCAGUUUUCUUAAUAUGUUAAAAGGUUUCAUUAAGUUCAAAUCACAAAAGAAUCUUACAUGUAAAUGUAUAAAUAAAAUUGUCUUUUGAUUAAAGAUAACUGGGAUCAGACCCACAUAUACUGAUCCAAAAUUCACAUAUCUGUGUAUUGGAUAACUUGAUAAUGAUUGUCUGACUUUCUUUCUGUUGCAUGUUUAAUAUGAGAUUCAGCUUAACAGUCUUCCAAGUUAUUUAUUUCCAGUGUUUUUUACUAUUUAGGUGCAUUAAGGGGCAAAAAAUAGGUUGAUGCCAAAUUGUGUUGAACUCAUUUGACUUUAAUGAUAAAAAUAAUCAUGAUUUAGGUAAGUUAUAAAAUAUUAGCCCUUAUCAAAAAAUAAAAAUAAUAAUAGCUAAAUGGCAAAUUCCACAUUUAUAAAAGCACCAAAAUAUUGCUAAUAUUUUUUAUCUGUACCUUAAUUAUAUUAAUGUCAUAUGAGAUAAAUAUGAUAAUGCAUUACCAUAAAAAAAGUUUGCACCAAUCUAUUGUGCGCCUUUAAUCGUGUUUAUUUGCAAAAAAAGAUAUUCAGGAAUUUCUUGACCAGGUAUAAUUUGCAAUAAGUUGCAAAUUUGUAUACUAAUUGCCGGUCUGUGGUCAUUUUUCAGGAUUUAUUAUUAUUAUGUGUAUUACCGUAUAUCUUUUUUGCCAUGUCCGUCUGUCCAUCACACUUCCUUUCCACUUAAUAACUAGCAGACUUCUAUUGAUUUUGAAAUCAGUAGGUCAAAAACGAAGUGACCUUCAGGUGGAAAAUAAUAUGUUGGCGGUGACCUUAGGCAGAAUAAUGGUUUCCACUCAAUAACUCAAGAAUGCUUGCAACCAGAAACUUCAGACUUGGUAUGCCAGUUGGUCAUGACUACUAGAUGACCCCUAUUGAUUUUUAGAUCAGAAGGUCAAAGGUCAAGGUCAAAGUGACCUUCAGGUGAAAAAAGACCAGGGUUUCGACUGAAGAACCCUUGGACCCAGCAACUUUGUGCUUGGUAUAUAUGCAGAUUGGUCAUUUAGAUGACCCCUUUAGAUUUUGAGAUCACUGAUCUUAUGCAGUAGAUGUUCACUAUGAAAUAUGGGUAAACUGGCCAAACUUCAAGGUCACUGUUGAUUCAUCUCCAGUCCAAAAGUACAAAUUUCAUGUCCACAUUGAUUAUUUCUCAGCAACAAACAUACACUGGGGAAGGCGAGCACUUUUUCAAAAAUGCAAAAUCUAGUUUAAAUGUUGAUAUUAUACAUUAAUGACAUUUUUAUGAUCAAUAAAUUACAUAAAACAAUU